UGUAAAUAUUUCUGUUAUCGGUGGAAAUCAACAUUAGGUUAUGCCAGUUUUGUAGAGGAUAUUUGUAACUGAAUAUUGACAACACAAAUGUGGUAAAAAAGUAUAUAUAUUUGAAUUGCAUCUAUGACAGCUCUUAGCAUGUGGUGUUUACUGAGAACAAUGGAAACUGUACAUUAUUUUGCCUUGAGUGGCCCUCGGUUCCCUGUGCACCAUAAAAUCAGUAUGUUUAAAUGCUAACUCUGACUGCCUUGGGAACCAAUCUGGAAGUGGAUCAACUUGUCGGUGUACGCACGACUAUUUUGACACAAACUCAAUGGACCUUUUGCAGGGAUCGUGCAUCAGAAAGAUUUCAUUGGAUAGUUGGUGUUACACUUCCCACAACAAUACGGACCAGUGUGCUGCUGACAAUGCUAUAUGUGACUCCAGAUAUGGAUAUGCUUGCAAAUGCAGAUCUGGCUAUUAUGUGGAUCCAAACAAUGCGACAAAGUGUAAAGCAAGAAAACCAUUGGGUGGAGUCUGUCAGUACAAUACUGAUUGUACAGACUCCAAUGCAGAGUGUUCGAGCUCCAAAUGUAGGUGCGGUGAGGGAUAUUAUGACACAAAUGGGAUGGAAAUGGAUGGAACUUGCAAAUCAGGCAACUUUUUUUAUAGGAUUUUAA